AUGCACAGAGCAGAACAAGUGAACUGAUAAGGACAGAAGUAGAUGACUGACAUUCACAUGAUUGAGCCGGCAAAAGUGGAUGAGUGAAGAAGUGGAAACCGAAACGAAAAAGCGAUGACGUUGGGUCUGAUCAAUGCGAACCCCGUUGUUCACGCCAAGAAAGAGAGAAUCCCUCGCUCCGCCGCCGAUGAUGCCGUCGAUCCCCUCGAUAUUUAUGAUUUCGUGAGGGAUAUUAGGGAUCCUGAACAUCCUUAUUCCUUGGAACAGCUUAGUGUUCUUUCUGAGAAAUCAAUCACUGUCGAUGACAAAUUGGCCAGGAUUCUGAUAACUUUUACGCCGACGGUUCAGCACUGCAGCAUGGCGACGGUUAUUGGUCUUUGUCUCAGGGUUAAACUAAAGCACUACUUCCCUCCUCAUUACAAAGUGGACAUCAAAGUGUCUCCAGGAUCUCAUGCUGAUGAAGAAUCAGUCAAUAAGCAAUUAAAUGAUAAAGAAAGAAUUGCUGCUGCCUUGGAGAAUCCCAACCUCCGCCAGCUUGUCGAUGAGUGUCUCUCCUCCAAUGAACUGUGAACUGGCACACAUGCCUGCAUAGUAACUAUUGUAAAGGACAUUUGCCGCUGAUGAAUGGAAUAAAAAGUAGUCAUUGUCUUUAGAAAUCAGUCCAAAGGGGUUUACCUUUUGAGGAGAUUUAGCUCUUUGAUUUUAACAGGAUGUUUUUGCCCCUCCUCUUCCCAGCCUCACAGUGAUUAAGGUGUGGUAUGUAUGUAUGUAAAUUAAGUCAUCAUGUCAGUUUUUUUGCCUCUUAAGUACAGUGUUAGUAUUUUUACUGGCUAACGCAGCUAUCACAUACUCAGUUCAUACCAAGCUGUUUAUAAUCUGUUCAGGUGGAAAGUAAGCAACUAAACAUUAUGCCUUUUAGAUGUGACAACUAAACAUUAAGUCA